CAUUUGUCCACUCCUGGGUGCCCUUACCAUUUUUCCUCCCUCGCCUAAACACGAUUACACGACUCAUCCAAAAUGACGCGUCACAAACUCACGAAUAAAACCGCCACCACGGCGCGAGACGUCGGCGCCCGGAAUAUUCCUGUGGCUUCGCAUCACCAGCACCACCCGUUGCUCGUCGUCGUCCUCUGCAUCCGUCCCCUAUUUAUCCGUCCCCUCCUCUCCCGCACUAGCUCCCAAGUUCCAUCCCAUCCCGCCACGAAAUUCUCCACGCUCCGAUCCAAUCGCAACAAUGAAGUUCGGCAAGAGCCUCAACAACCAGAUCGUGGAGACGCUCCCGGACUGGCGCGACAAGUUCCUGUCCUACAAGGACCUCAAGAAGCGGCUGAAGCAGAUCGGCGCCGGCUCUGGCGAGCGGCGGAGCAAGCGCCAGCGGGUGGGGGACGGGCGCGGCGGAUCCUCGCCGCCUGCGAUGACCCCGGAGGAGGCCGGAUUCGUCGCGCUCCUCGACGCCGAGCUCGACAAGUUCAACGCCUUCUUCCUCGAGAAGGAGGAGGACUACGUCAUCCGGCUGAAGGAGUUGCAGGACAGGGUGGUGAGCGCCGCGGAGGUGGGGUCGGCGGAGGAGCUGCUGCGGGUGCGCAAGGAGAUCGUCGACUUCCACGGCGAGAUGGUCUUGCUGGAGAACUACAGCGCGCUCAACUACACCGGGCUGGUCAAGAUCCUCAAGAAGUACGACAAGAGGACCGGCGCGCUGAUCCGCCUGCCCUUCAUCCGGAACGUGAUGCAGGAGCCGUUCUGCGCCACCGACGUGCUGUACAAGCUCGUCAAGGGGUGCGAGGAGAUGCUGGACCAGCUCCUCCUGCCCCGGAACCAGCAGCGGCCCGUGCCGAGCGACAACGGCGGGGAAGGAGACAGCGACGGCGACGACGACAAGCAACGACCGGCGGAGCCAGGCGCCUCAUCGCUGCCCAGCGGCGGCGGCGGUGGCGCUGGCGACAUGGAGCUGGAGGAGAUCGAGGACAUGGAGAGCAUGUACAUGAAGAGUACGGUGGCCGCGCUCAGGGCGCUCAGGGAGAUCAGGAGCGGGAGCUCCACGGUGAGCGCGUUCUCCCUGCCGCCACUACGGUGAUUGACACGUUGUGUUCGGUUCAGUAGCGAAGCGAGACAGAACGGGGCCGACUGCGCUGUUGCUGUAGGUAGUGUUUGGUUCAAAGAAGACACGAACAAAAUGAAAGAAAAUCUGUAAAAUGAUAGUAAUAUUCAUCUAGUAUUCUCAAUCUCACUGCUCCCACAAAACUUAAGGGGUGCAUCGAAUGCACAAGUGACCUCCGCUCUACAAAUCAAUUUCUCGCCGCCUGUUUCUGAUCCAACUCUCGCCGCGGAAAUUGCAUGUCUGUUACUUGAGCUCUCCAGCUAGGUUGCAAACUCAGAUCUCGCUUCUUGACCAAAAAACCACUUUAUAACUUUUCUGUAUAUAUCUUGUCUGUGCUGAACAUCAU